GGACCGGUCCCGUCUGUUUGAAGUGAAGCGGGAGGUUCCACGGUGGUCAGCGGCUGCUGCUGCUGUUGUUGUUGUCUGUGAAAAAAGGAAUAAAAAACAUUCAGGAUGGACAUGACCACCCGUCUGAAGUGUCUUUUGAUGGAGAUCCAGCAGUACAAAGAGAGCAGGACAGCCACAAAUGCUGCAAAACUUCAGAAACAAGUCGAGGAGGUGUCCACUUUACCCUCAGAGCAGCUGCUGACCCCGGGCCUGUCACUGCCCACUGAAUGUGUCACUGGACUCUCGGAUUUAGCUGGAAACCCAAACACCAGUCCAGCCCUGACGAGCUCCAUCGUCUCUCUGCUGGAACAGCUGGCCUGUGAUGAUGAGAGUCGAGAGGUGCUCCACAGCAGCUACAGCCUUUCAAGCACAUUGGCAUCUAUUAUCCACAGUCACAGCGCCACACCUGGAGAACCGCUCGUACUGCAGUGUCUCCGGGUGCUUCAAAAGUUGACCUACAACACUCACAUCUUUCAGUCAAUGAGCUAUUUCUAUGAACUCAUCACAUUCCUCAUGACCAAUAUACAGUCUCACAAUGAUGAACUCAUCACUCCGUGUCUUGGCCUUAUGGCUAACCUCUGUCGGGAUAAUCAUUCUGUGCAAAGCCAUAUCAAAUCUUUGGACAACUUAAAGCCUUUUUACCGCACACUGAUAAACUUCUUGGCUCACCACAGUUUGACAGUGGUGGUGUUUACUCUGUCUAUUCUGGCCAGUCUCACAAUGAAUGAGAAGGUUGGAGAGAAGCUUUUUGAUGCAAAAAACAUCCAUCAGACAUUUCAGCUCGUGUUUAACCUCAUUGUAAAUGGUAAUGACAUUUGUAAAUAUGCUGUUGACCUUUUGGUUGACCUUCUGAAAAAUGCAAAGAUUGCAGAUUAUCUAACCAGGUAUAAGCACUUUUCUGUUUGUGUGUUGAAAGUUUUGGGGCUUUUACAUUCAAAAGAUUCUGAGUCAGCUGCUAAGGUGCUGGAGCUGCUUUUGUCGAUGUGUCGUGUAUCUGGUCUCCGCUCGCUGCUCUGUGAGGUAGUCUUCAAACCCGCCGCAGCCCCUAAACUUCGGGUGGGGCGCAGACAGGGACAUGAUCCUGAUGUGAAGGAUUCUGGAGUGGCACUGGUCCAGUGUCUGAGCUCUGAUGUGGAGGGAGCAGAGGCGAGCACACUACAGGCUCUGCAGCUGCUACAUGAACUACUGGAGGAGGCUCUGGGGGCAGACUCUGUGGCGGACUGCCUCAUGAGUUAUGUUGAAAUAUUGCUUCCGGUUUUGCUGGAUCUGCUCCGGGGCCUGGACUCCGCAGAGGGAGACGCUCAGCUCAAAAAACACUGCACCAGAAUUACACAUGUCACCAGCCUCCUGCUUGUGCUGUGUGCGGAGGACUCCACACGGACUGUGGUCUCUAGGCAUGUGAGUGCUCAGCUCUGCCUCUCACAGGUGGAAGAGCUGCUCUCCUGUUGUCAUAACAACAGCCCCCUGAGCCGCCCUGCCCCCCUGUCCGACAACAGCCUCAGUCAGGUCAGUUCUGAAGCCCUGUUGAAAACGCUGGAGCUUAUGAGUAAACUGAGACAACAGGUGAAGGACAUGGUGACCAGCUUCUACAAGAUGCUGCAGGACCAGAGGAUCGUCACCCCUCUUUCGUUGGCACUGACGUCCCAUCACAGAGAAAGUGUUCAGACAGCACUCUCACUGCUGUUUGAAGCCACUCCUCUCCCAGAAUUCCCUGCCCUCAUCCUGGGCGAGUGUAUUGCUGCUAACAAUGCCUAUCGCCAGAGGGAGGCAGAGCUGUCUGUCAAACGCGUUGCCGUGCAGGAGUUCCCGCCCACUCGGACAAACUGCAGUAUUUUAGACUCAUCCACAGGCUCCAUCCACAAGACUGUCAACGGUUUAGCAGACAAGAUGCUCAAGGGACUCGCGUUACAGGAGAAGCCAAAGGAUUCCCUUGUGUCUGAGGUGAUUAAUGUGUACGAGCAGAAGCUGUCAGCAUUUGAGUCUAAAGAGAGCAGACUUCAGGAUCUGUUGGAGGCUAAAGCUCUGGCUCUGUCUCAGGCCGACCGUCUCAUCUCUCAGUUUAGAGUGCAACAAGCUCAGGCUGAGGCUGAGGCUCGAAAGCUGGGUUGCCUCUUGAAAGAGGCAGAGCGUAGGCGCGAGGAGCUGCAGUGCGACCUGGGUAAUCAGGUUCUGGAGGUGGAGAGGUGUAAGUGUGACAUCGAAGAGCUGCUUAAACACAACGGCAGACUGCAGCAGGACUCAGAGGAGCAUCAGACGCUGAAGGGAGCAUACAACACUCUGCUCAACAGGUUGAAUGAAAGUGAUCGUCUGUUGAAGGAGCUGCAGGCAGCUCACAUUUCUUUGACGAAACAAAAUGACAAUUUGAAGAAAAACCAUGAGACACUUCAGCUGCAGAACGACAGGAUGGUGGUGUUGGUGGAGGAGAGAGAGGAAGAAAUCAAAUCUCUACACUCAGAUCUGCAGCAGAAGGACGGUGAUAUCGCAGGUCUGCGCUCUGAGCUCAGAGCUGAGCAACAGAAACUGAAGGAGAAGGAGCAGGAGCGGCGCGACCUGGAGGAAACUGUGGAUGUCCUGAGGAAAGAGCUCGAUAAAACACAGCAAGCACGAAAAGACGCCAGCAUCAAGGCAACGGCUCUGGAGCAGCAGAAGAGCCAGCUGGAGUUGAAGCUAAAACAGAAAGAAGAUGAACUGAACAAACACUCAGCCAUGAUCGCCAUGAUCCACAGCCUGAGCAGCGGCAAAAUGAAGAACGACUCCAACGUGUCGCUAUGACAACACUGUUUUUAACAAACCUACACUCAUCAACUUUUCCAUUUUUAGCUUAGUAAUAAAAGUGUCAUGGAUUAUAUCUUGCUUUUAAAAAUAAAUGUUGGUAGAUUUU